AGCUCCCCACCAAGAGCCAAGUGAUGCGUUCUGGCGACAUCAGAGCAGACCUCGACGUGCCUGAGAUCGGGCGCUCGUAUCAGAGCAAGAGCUUCACUUGCGAGGCCAGCAACAAUAAACAGACGCAGCCUCUGCACAAGAAGAUCGGUCUCUCCAUGAACUUGCGGCCGCUGAGCGCGAAGAUCAAGCUGCCGUCCGAGGUGUUGGUGGCGGGCAAGACAUACUCGUUCAGCUGUGAGAGUCACGGGUCUAAGCCUUCUGCUGUCAUCUCCUGGCAACUCGACUCUCAAGACGUCGGGACCACGAGCGCACGAACUCACUCGCCGAGUGAAGAUGUCACUACAGGGACGCUCUCCCUGACGCUCCACUCUUCUGACAACCAGAAAGUUCUGCUCUGCCAAGCUCAGAACCCCAGUAUUGCCGGUAGCACAAUAUCCGACACCGUCAAACUCGAUGUCCAAUACAUGCCGGUAGUGGCGCUGCAGCUUGGCAGCAGCCUGGACCCCAGUCAGAUCAAACAAGGCGACGACGUCUACUUCGAGUGUCUGGUGGACUCCAACCCUGCGCCCUACAAGAUCGCCUGGUUCAGAAAUGACCAGGAGAUCGUGCAGAACAUGUCAUCAGGCAUCCUAGUGACAAGCAAGAGUUUGGUGCUGCAGAGCGUUAGUCGUGGCGGUGCUGGCCAGUACACUUGUGCUGCCACCAACACCCAGGGCAACGCUACCUCUAACCCCGUCAAACUCGCCAUCAUGUACGCUCCCGAAUGUAUGGUUGACCAGCCGGCAGUCUUGGCAGUGGGCAAGGGGGAAAGAGUUAACAUCUCAUGCAGAGUGGCGAGUAACCCGCUCAGAGCCACGUUUCACUGGAAGUUGAACGGCUCGGAACGUACCUACUCCAAAUACAAAGGCAUCUCUUCUCAUCGAGGACAACUCGUCUCUCAUUAUUCUUUCCUUGGGACGUCCGACAAAGACUACGGGUCGUUAUUGUGUUGGGCCAACAAUUCUGUGGGAGUUCAACAGAAGGCCUGCGUCUUCACAAUCAUACCGGCAGGCCCUCCGUCUCCUCCUGAAGGGUGUGAGAUUCUCAACAAUACUGCAGAGAACAUUGAAGUAGCGUGUCUACAAGGCUUUGACGGUGGAGUGGGACAACACUUCAUGGCAGAGAUAUUCGACGAGUCAGGAUCCCUCCACUUGAACCGAACCUCCGAUGAGCCACAAUUUUCCGUGCAAACUUUGGAGCCCGGCAAAACAUACGUCAUCAGAAUAUCAGCAUUUAAUGCUAAGGGAAGAUCACAAACAGUUUCCUUAACAGCUUCGACUCUCAAGGUUGCUGAGAAGAGAAUGGGUGAGACGAAACCGUUCAUCUACUCCCCUUUGAUAGCAAUAUUCCUAGGCAUCGUGGGGGUGUUCGUGGUGCUUAUUUUACUGCUGGUCUUCAUCACGCGAUGGAGACGUAACGUAACCAGCGGCUCAUCAGCACCUAUCAGCCGCAUACCUUCCCCUCCUCCCGCAACCAAAGCAAGUUCCCCUGUUAAGCCCCUAGAAGAACCACCGCGUGAUGGAGCCCUUAAGAAACCCACCACUGACGACGAUGACGCUGCGCCCAGCAAGCCCAAGAAAAGGGUCAUGGUUCUCGAAAACGGACGAGUCGAGCGAACUGGAGUUGGAGACUCGCCCAUCCCGGAUACCUGCGUAAAAGAAAGCAUUCCAGCGAAAAGCUCUUCCUUCAGCGGUCCACUUUUACCUAACGGAUCUACUGGAUACUACGACAGCCUAAGCAAGUCAUCAUACUCCCCAGGAUUUUCAGCGAACAUCAUGAGUCUAUCACCAUCGUCUUCCGGAACCUCAUCACCCGCUUUCCCCAUCUCCAAUCCUCACGUACAAACCACGCACCGAAAUUACCCGAGGAUAUCCAUGCCACCCGUGAACGCCCUCUCUCCACUACCCGAAGAGUACGGCAGCCGGUCCGCGUAUUCUCCCAGCCACCACGUGUCCACCCUACCCAGAAGCCGGGACCAGUACGACUCCUUGAUCCAUCACGCCAAGGAUCCUGACAACCGCAGGACACCAACGCAGUCGCCUUACAGGAAUACACUGGCAGGGGUCGGUGAGCGCUAUCAUCUCAUGCAGGAAGUUAAGGCCAAUCCCAAGUAUGUGGUCAGAAGAGGUAUUCCUGAUUUAGACGAUGAAAGUUUUGUAUAGGAAUAAGUGUUUAGUAUUGAUAUAUUCUGUGCAUGUUGAUGAAUUAAGGAGCAACAUUUGAUUUGGUAUUGCAUUUUUAAUGCUUCAUGUACCGGAUUCUGUCGAGCUAGAAUAAGUAGCAGUUUUUCGGCCCCGGUCUACGUGAAAAUGAAACCAUUCGAAUAUCUUUAAUAUUGAUGAGGAAAUAUAUGCAUUUAGCAUUUCGUCCAUGCGAAUUUUGCGUUUUACACCGAAAGAAAUAAUACUUUGUCAUACUGAUCCGUGCAAUCAUCUAUCAUUAUUUCUACACUUGCGUAAUUUGCAUCCUGUAUUCCCGUGUAUAAGAGAUAUCUACGCUUGUUUCGAUAUAUAAUUUUGAAGAAAAACUUAUUCCUCUGAGGUUUUUAGGUAAGUCACUAGAAAUUUAAUACUUUCUGGAAAAAAUAAGUGAAUAUAAAGUGAGAAAUUAACGUCAUAUAUACAUCAAAAAUUUCCUAGUUCAUACCUAUUCACAUAUACUCAUUAAAUAUUCUUUAAGACAUUCAAGUAAUUCCUCUCAAAUAUUAAAACAGACGAACAAGCAAUAUAAAAUCAAUGAAAGAAAGCAUAAUAUUUCAAAACGUGUUGCUUUUGUACUGAAAAAAAAAUCGCCGUAAUUUCUUGGAUGCGCAGAGAAUUAUUUAUUUAAGACUUCGCGGAACAUAAUACGUAGCUACAGUAUAACAGAUCGUAAUAUUUGGUGUCUCCACAACUGACAUGAAACUUACCCUCUACCAUCAAAUUAGGUUACUACUCCAGAAUAAAUUAAUGCUAAUACAAAUUCCCAAGUUUAUAGGUUAUGAGCAAUUACAUUUCCACUGCAUUGCCAAUCAUCAUUUCAAAAUAAAAACCACUGUUAAAAAGAGAUGGGAAAACAUGAUUGGUGUUGGAAAUAUCUUAACAUCAACAUAUGCUUUCACAUCACUUCUUUAUUUAUCGUAAUUCAAUCUGCAGUUCCAACAGUCCACGUUUCUCGGAGCUACACCAAAAAUCCAAUAAGCUUCAGAGAUUUGAAUUGCGACCAUUUUCCGCUUGCUAUGCCAUUUUUAACUUAGUCUUGUAUUUUAUAAGGCUAGGAAAGAGCUUCCAAUGUUUUAUUUCCGCAUUGUGUGUGCCUUUAGGGAGGAAGAUUUAGCCGAUCAUAAACCUUCAGCGUAAUAUUCUUGCCAAUUUUAGCUGUCACGCUCCUAUACAGAAUAAAAACCAAAUAUUUCUAAAUUUCAAUGACAGUAGUUUUAUUUCAA